UUGUUGAAUCAGUUGAAUGAGCUACAAAUAAACAAGAAAUUUACAAUUUGAUAAACAUUGAACACGUAAACGAACGGCGAAUAUUAUAAGAUAAGCAAUAAUUAUUAAAUUAUUUUACAGACUGUAUCAUGAUUGAAAUGGCUUUAGAAGAGGAUUUACCUGAAGAAUUUAAGGGAGGCACCCUUAGAAUUCACCCUGACAGAAGCGAUCCGCCCAAAUCUCCGAAUCCUGCCGUUAAUAAAAUUGAUAACGCGUCGGAAAUAAAUAAUCAGGGCAACAAUUAUAAUUGGAGAGGUACUUUUAUGGCACCCUUAUCAUCAAUUCCCAAUAAAAUAUCAGAAACUAUAUGGAGUUCUAAGGGAAGCAAGGAUGAAACACCACCCCCCACGGCUACUGCAACCACGGCUCCUGUACCUACCAACGAAAAGAGUUGUUGUCAGUCUUCGAUUAUCAUCAAAGAGGAUCCGAACAAUUUUUUUACUUUCCGAGAUGGUGUUAUCGAACGAGCUGUCAAGGAAUGUACGGCCCAUUUACUCGAUGAGACUGAAGGACCAGUAUAUGCAUCAUUUUUGCUCACACAAAUCAAUCAUUGGGACACAGACAAAGAACGCUUACUUCUGCUGACUGCCAAGAACCUAAUCUUAGUAAAAUAUGACUUUAUAGCUUUGAGGCGGCUGGGCUGUAGAAAAGUUAUGUAUAGCGACAUAGAAGGAAUUGUCGUUGGCAAUCUCGUAUAUCCGAACGGUUCCCUGAUACCAAAAAUGAAUGGAUUUGCUGACGGAUUAUCCAGCUUAUUGGAAAAUUGUUUAUUCAAAAGAAUGCCUAAAAACGACAAUCAGGCAGACAUAGAAAACAUUAAUCAAACUAGAGACCGCAAUAUGAGGGGAAUUCGGUUGCUUCUAAAACAAGAUAAAACAGACAAUUUUGCUUCGAAAUGGAACCCGUUCAACACCGAGGUGCCCUUUAUGACAUUUACUUACCACCCUUUAUAUUUCCACAAAGACUGCACUGAUGAAAGACUUCGAAGCGUUUACGACUUAGAUCUCUUUAUCGAAAAUAUAUGUAUAUCUGUACAAAAAUGGAAGGAGAACGCUGUCAUCCUUCAGCAUAAUAUCCUUUUGGAGAACUACGUCGGUCUAGCGUCGGUCAUCCACAACAGAAACUCUCUCGGAUUUUUUAAAGUCAGAGGAAAAUUUAGUUUUUAAAUGCAUACGAAUUUAUAUACAGGGUUGAGCAUAACUCAUUGUAAAAAAUUGACUGUUUACUGUGGUAUUAUGGACUAUUUUAUCCAUGUUCCUUAUUUUUAUGGUAUUUAUACAAAAUUAUGUUUAGCUCAGUCAAUAGUAGGUAGUUUUCCUAUACCUCAAAUAUAUAAGAAAGUUUAUGUAUAACUUGGUUACUGUUGAAAUGCAUUGUUUUCGAUCACUUUUGCCAAUCGCACCGACAUUCAAUGUAUUAGUGGUUGCGAAGAGAUCUUUUGCAGAGGUCAUUUCAGGAGCUUGGAGGAGUAAGGGUGAAUCCGAAAAAUGGUCAUUUCAAAAACAGUCUCAUCUUCCUCACAUACUUUUAAAGAAUGCGUCUGUAUAUUAUAACAGCAUGUUUCGCUUUUCAUACUACUAAAAUUCUGUAAGAAAUAAUAUACCAAUCCAUUGAUGUCAGAAACUGAACUGCAUAAUCGUCUAGAAGAGUAAGGGUGAACCCACAGGCUUUCGUUGCGUUUGCGUUCAAGGUUCGCCUCCUCUGUUAACGCGCCGGUGUUUCUGUAAUUCUGUAGAUUAGUAGCUUUAAUUGGUGAGAUACAGUUAGAUACAGAAGACGAAGAAACCGUAGAUGAUGAAAAUCAAAUUGAAUUAAAUUGAAGCUUUAUUUUAUUUGCAUUUCUACGCAUUUGUAUGCGUAGAAACUGAGUUACGAUCGAUAAAGCUUCGAAAAAUACUUAUUUUGCAAUUUGAAAUUUGCAUUGUGCACUAAUUUUACAAUAUCUUGAGUUCUGAUUAUUGGAUCUGAGUUUAGUAAACGUUUUUUUCUUCGUUUUUUAUUAAGGAACAAAUUUUAUUUAAAACAUUUUUUUAUAUCUUUUUUAGUUUAUGAGCCAGAGCCUUACCCGUUGUCCUAGGUGAGCGACGGAAAACGACGCGACGCGAUGCGUUGCGAUGCGAUGCGACCAGUAAUUCACGCGACGUGUGGCUUAUGUAGCGUCGCAUCGCGUCCCUUUCCAUCACUCAAACCAGGACAAACGUGACGAUGUCAAUUGUUCAUUCCUAUUCUUAAGUGUGGGGAAGUAUACGGCAGUGUUACUAGAAAAUUCAUAUUUUAAAUACUUAGCUAAAAAAUUCCAUAAACGAAAAAGAAGGACAACAAAUGUCAUAUAUUUAGAACGAGCAAAUUUGGAGAGUUUAAUCAUUUAUAUCCGAAAUUAAUGAAAUAAUCUACGUUGGUUUAAAGAGUUUUGUGGCUUAUUCACUUUCGAUUAUAUCAUUGCAGCUGUUAAACUCAGUAUUAAUAACUGAGCUAUCAAUAACUAUCAAUAAGUAAUUUUCAAAAACCAAAUUCUAUUGAGGAGAGGCUGUUACUGACUUUAAGGUAUAUUAAUGAAAAAACACUGGUACUAUAUAGUUAUUAUUAGUUUUUAUUUAUUUAAUAAACUAUUGCGUAGCAUAAUUUGAAUUGAAUAAAGCAAUGGGGCGUCACACUGUGUCGUGUCUCGUCGCGAACAAAUCAAGUUCGCACUUCGUCGCGUCUUGUCGUAGACUGAUUAACCCGAAAACGUAGGCCAUACACAAAUACCACCAUUACUUGAUAUUUUCGCGUCGCGUCGCGUCGUGUCGCGUUGUCGCGUUUGUCGUUCACCUAGGACAACGGGUUAUAAACAAUUAAAUUGUUUAUAACAAUUUUUUGACCACUCGGAUCGAAAUCCACCCCCGAAAUUCGUAAUCAGCAGCCAAAAAUCCAUAAGAAACAGUUGAGUUUGUCCAUCAGAAUUAAAAAGGACACGUUGGUCUCUAUUUGGCGCCUAGACUAAUAAGACGUCUCUAGUUUUCGUUUUACAGCGGAAGUAUUAUUUAUUUAAUUAGAAUAACUUUUAAACUAGUACUGGUAGACGAAAUAUUUUUUCAUAUUGGAAAGCAGAGCCGUGCGGUACAUCUUUUCAACAUGAUGCAAGUCUUCGAAAUGGCGCCCCUUAUACAGGAUGUCUUUAAAUAAGUAUGACAAACUUUAAGGGGUAAUUCUACAUGAAAAUAUAAUGACAGUUUGUUCGAUAAACACAAUGUACGCAAAUGCUUCGUUUCCGAGAUACGGGGCGUUGAAAUUUUUCUUACAAAUUGACGAUUUAUUUAUUGCUCUAAAACCGGUUGAGAUAUGCAAAUUAAAUUUGGUGGGUUAUAAGAGGUAUGGUGUAUUCCACAAAUAUACGACUGUUUUGGUUUAUCGCGACAACGAAUGUGUUAGUGUGAAACAUAAGAAGUACGAAAGUAUUUUGCUCUAAUAAUUACUCCAAUAAACAACAAUAUAAUUUACAAUUUACUUUCGUUCUUUAUAUUUUGCGCAGUAAAAUAUUCGUUGUCGCGAUAAUCCAAGAGGGUCGUAUAUUCGUGGAAUGGGGUAUAGUUAUUGUGCAUUUAUUUUUUGACAUACAAUUAAGAAUUUUAUAUUCACCAUUGGCGCGCAUACUGGUAACGGCCUGAAUUUUUUAUAGAGAAAAAUAGUACUCCACUGAGAUAUUUCCAAUUAAAAAUAAUUUUUGAAUUCCUUGUUUAAUUUGUGACAAAAAAUAUAUGUUUCCUUUUUUUCAUACGACGCACCGUUUUUAAGCAGAAAAUAUCUUAACGCUUACAAAGAAUAAGAUUUCUAUACUCUAUACAGUCAGAAACGUAGGUCGAAUACUUUGUAAGCGUUAAGAUGAUUUAUUUUUUGCAUGAAAACGGAGCAUCGUAUGAAAAAAAGAAAAGAUACAUUUUUGACACAUUGAACGAGCAAUUCAAAAAUUGUUUUUAAUUUGAAAUAUAUCAGUGGCGUACUAUUUUUUCUCUAUAAAAAAAUUUCAGACUAUUACCCGUAUGUGCGCCAAUGGUGAAUAUAAAAUUAAUUGUAUGUCAAAAGAUUCACAAUAACUACCUUUUAUAACACACCAAAUUUAAUUUGUAUAUCUCAACCGUUUUAGAGCAAUAAAUAAAUCGUCAGUUUGUAAGAAAUAUUUCUACACCCCGUAUCUCGAAAACGAAACAUUUGCAGGCAUAUGUUCAUAGAACAAACGGUCAUUAUUUUUUCAUGUAGAAUUGCCCCUUAAAGUUUGUCAUACUUAUUUAGAAACACCCUGUAUAUUAUUGAAAAAACUUUUAUUUUUAAUAAAUGAAAAUACACAAAAUGAACGAAAACUUUUAUUUUAAAAACACUUAAAUUAAAUGAAAUAUGUAUUCACAUUACAUUAAUAAGUAAUAUUUACAAAAAUUAUAAUUUUACCCUUCUGACUUUAAUUUUGGCAAACUCGUAAAUCAGAUUGAUGUAGUUUAGUGGGGAUAGAUAGGUGUAGCAGCUAGUGAGAACACUAUUGAAAUAAGUGCCAAAUUUUUUAGUUUUGUUUGUCUUAUUGAGAUUCGUAAAUAGUUUUUAAUAAUUUUUAAUUUUGAAAAACUUCUUUCUCCAUUAGCUACCGAGACAAGGAGUGUUAAUAAAAUUCUUAGUGAUACAACUACAUUUGGGUACAAAGGAAUUAGGUCAUUUUGACACAAAUAGUUCAAAACCUCUUAAGGUUUCAUGAAGUAUGGUAUGAUUUGGGAUAUAUCACGCAAUUCUUCUAGAUGAUCAUUUGCCUCUAUAUCAGAUUUUUCUUUUCCUAUUGAAAGUAGUGAAUGAUGAUUCAUACAAUAUUUUUCUAGUGCUUUACUAUCUAUUUCCCUCAAUUUAAAAAUAUCAUAUAAAAAUUUAAAAUUUUAGUUAUAAGUUUCUAGAAGCGAUAAUCGAUCAAUCAAAGAAUUAAGAGCAUAGGCGCCAAUUUGCUUGCAAUGCAUUUUAAAUGUAUUCAUUUUUUUCGAGUACUGAAAAAGCUAAUAAAUAUUUUUAAAAAAUUUAAACGCAGAUUGAAAGAUUACAUUAUUACUGAGGGCCGAAAGUCCCUUAAAAUAAACAAAAGGUUUCUUUUGAAUAAGAUAUUUGAAAUUAAAAAGUAUACUCAAUUUUCUCUUUUUUUUUCACCCCUGUAACUUAUUCAAAUAAACAUUAUUGAAGUUUUCAUGGACUUUCGGCCCUCGGUAAUAAUGUAAUCAUUCAUUCUGCGUUUAAAUUUUUCAAAAAUACUAAUUAUUUAGUUUUCUCAGGAUUCGAAAAAAAUGAAUGCAUUUAAAAAGCAUUACAAUCAAAUUUUGCGCCUACCCACUUAAUUUCAUUUUUUCUACAGUUUUUCACAACAUUUUUACACAAUCUGACACUUUAAUUUUUGAUUUUACUGACUAUGCCGCCCCCCUUGUAAUGCCGCCUGAUGCGACUGCCUCGCCGCAUCAUAGCACGGCACGGCCCUGUUGGAAAGACUGACAAUGUUACACGAAUUCAACAAAAAAGUUAUUCUAGUACAAUUAGGUAAAAAGUAGCGAUUUGUUUUUAAAAAAUUGUAAUCUUAAACAGUAUUGUCUGCAGGCGUUAAAAAAUUAGGCUGAACUGAAGAUGGGGCUCCACCAUAAGGAGGGGAAAAUAAAAAUUCAAUAAUUUCAAAAAUGAAAAGGAAUGAUAUUAAAAGUGUUUUUUUUUAACUUAUUUUGGUGCGCAUUAAAAGUGAAAGUCUUCACAUUUC